AUGUCUGAUCCUUUUUCUAUUGCCGGUAGCGCUGUCGGUAUCAUAUCACUCGGUCUGCAUGUCUGUGGCGAGAUUGUUUCAUUUUGCCAGGCAUGGCAGGGUUUCGACGAAGAUAUCCAAAAGAUUCAUCAAAAAGCCAAUGGGCUUCGGAUGCCACUGAGGUAUUUGAAGCAACUGAUUGAAGACUUCCGUACCACUGAUCCCAUGAUUGCGAGCGACCUCGAGGAGAAGGCGAAGAGUAUUGAACAAGCGAUAAAACGGCUCAAGGCCGCGACAGAUCGAUAUUCAUCCGCGUCCGACCAAGCAUCUCUUCGGCUCAAGAAGGCUGCAUAUCCUUUUCGAAAGGAAGCGUUGCGUGACAUGGCAAGUGAUCUGGAUAGUGUCCAGGCGGUCCUCAAUACGGCGUUACUGGUGUGA